AUGCCAAAAGGCGAGUCAAUUGAGUCACUGCUCGAACCGUCGCUUCGGGUGUCUCGGCCGGUUGCUGCGUGCUCGAGAUGUCGAUCGUCCAAGAUCAAGUGUACCUGGGGCAUAUCGGCGUGUUCAGCUUGUGAGAGGUCCGGCAAGACAAGCAGCUGUACCAGUGCCAACGAGGAGUUCGCACGUGGUAACGAGAGGAGUUAUGUUGCGGCCCUGGAAAAUGCUGCCGAAAGGCUGCAGCGGAAAGUCGAUGCCAACCGGGCAGGCAGCGAGCUCAGCACACUCAGCAAUGGUUCACGUCAAGGCAAAGGCAGAAAGAUCAGUGGUUCUCAGCGCAGAGAGGCUUCAGAUGUCAACGAGCUGGUUAGCGAUUUUGGUUUCUUGACGGUCAACGCAACAUCUCGCGAUUUUCAUGGCUUUACGUCUUCGAUGUCAUUCGCAAAGAUCCUGCUUGCCAUGGCUGUGAAAAGGGACUUCUCGACACAGUCCGCUGCAAAGCUGCCUCCGAGACACACCGUCAUGCAGUCAACAUCACACUACUUCGACAAAUUGUUUGUAUUGCUUCCUUUCUUCUCGGAGACGGAGUUCAUGAGCUCUGUAUCUCGAGUAUAUCAGGAUGCUCAAGUUUCCGCAGCCUCUGCACUCGAUUUCUGGUACGUCCGCCUAGUGCUUGCGAUCACCCAUGCCUCCCUGAGUCGAUCAUAUGGAGAUGAGCACCAUCAUGUUGCCACACAACACAUGUCUGCAGCGAUGCAGCUUGCAGAGCGUGUCAUGCAGCCCGGGUCCAUUGCUGGCGUGCAAGCACUGCUGCUCCUGGUCCAAUAUGCCCAGCUAGAUCCAGAAAGACUGGACACAUGGUACCUGAUGGGAAUGGCUUCCCGACUAGUGGUAGACCUUGGUCUGCACUGCGAACUGCCAGCGGAGGCGAAGAUAUCCCCAGAAGAGCUUAACAUGCGGCGCCGGAUCUUCCACUGCGUGUACAGUCUGGAUCGGUCCAUCGCAAUGUCGUUGAGUCGUCCUUUCAGCUUCACAGAUGAUUCAGCACCCGGGGUGCCCUUUCCGAUCUUGAACGGCGAGGACGAAUCGUCCAGUAACACUGGCAUUUUCCUGCGUUCGAUAAAGCCGUGCUUGCAUUCUUUCGACAUUCGUCGCAUCCAAUCUGGUUUCUAUCAAGCAAUCAAAUUUGCCUCACGGACCGAAUGGACUGCGUCAGAAGCUGCGAACAUCAUGACUUCUGUUAUCAGCGACAUUGAGAAGUGGCACGCAAGCAUACCUUCUUCACUGCCUUCCAACCAUCUCACUCUGUUCAACUUAGAAAGACUGUAUACGUACAUACUCGUCCUUGCGCCUCAUCAGCGACACACAGCCGCAGCACAGUCUGACGACGACAAGCGCAGGCUCUUCGAACACUGCUGUCGCUUCGCAGAGAUACUUCAUCCUAUUACCUUUGAUACAACCUAUUUAUCGUCUUUCACGGACGCUGACUUCUGGAGAGCCAAUUGGGUGGCACGACAGUUCAUCAAACUUAUGUGGUCAGAUUUUGAACUUCUGGUGCGUCGAAGCCAGGAAGCUGAGGCAGCAUCGCGUUGCAGUCGCGCUCUGGACAAUAUUCGGCGCUUCACAGAUGUCCUAGAUAUCGCGAGGCAGCGAUGGAAUAACGCAGAGGUGCGGGAGCAGUUCGAAAAGGAGUCUGCGGUGUUGGCGACUCGACUAACGAACAAGUUGCACGAGCUGUCCCCAACACAAACUCGCGAAUCCUACUUCCAGCCUGUUGACCCGGCAUACCAUGUGCAGCAGCAGAAUUUCACCGACCCAGCCCAGUUCUUUCACCAUCCAGAUGGCAAGGCUUACAGUCCAGGAGGCACGAGACGUGUCUACCAAUUCCUCGGCAGCGGCAAUGGUUGA